AUGAGUUCUUCUCUCGAGGCUAAAAUUGUUGUCCUCGGCGCCCAAGGCGUCGGCAAAACCUCGCUUGUCGAUCGCUAUGUCAAGAAUGACUUCAACCCCUCCGCUACAGCCUCGACUGUGGGCGCCUCCUUUGUGACCAAACGCGUUCUCGACAGCGCCUCCGAUACCAUCGUUCGACUCCAGAUCUGGGACACAGCCGGCCAGGAACGUUUCCGGAGCAUCUCUCGCCUCUACUACCGCGGCGCCAAUGCCUGCCUUCUCUGUUACGACAUCACCGACGAGCAAAGCUUCCAAGAAAUGACCGGCUGGCUCGCGGAAUUGAAGAAGAACCUCGUAGAAGACGACCCCAUUGUGAUUCACGUCGUCGGAACAAAGACCGAUAUCGUUACCCUUGAUCCCUCUCGGCGGAAAGUCCCCUUCGAACGCACAAUCGCCUACGUCGCCGAGCAGCUCUACCCAACACAGGCAUCCACACCGCCCGCGACGGCCGGCUUGGGCGGGCACUCAUCGAGCACCCUUGCAGGCGUUGAUAGCAAGCGCAGUAGUGCGUUCUGGGGCCAGGAUAUCGGGUGGGAUUGUUGCCAUGAGAUUAGCGCCAAGGAUGGUGAGGGUAUCGAGGAGGUAUUUCGUGUCAUAACUCGGAAGCUGGUCGAGCAGCGCAAUAAGCGAGAAGCGGGAACAAGUUCAUCGCAGCGAUCGUCGACAGUUUUUGAUGGAACGACGUCAUCUCUGACCCCUGGAAAUAUCGAUGGAAAUGGGAGCUUUCGCCUGGGGUACGGGGACAAACGCCGCAGCUGGUUGGGAUUUCCGCCCAGUAGUGUAGGGGAUGAACUGGAAGAUAUUGUGGAGGGUCCUAAGCGAAAAGGAGGACAGUGUUGCUGA